AGAUGUAUCACUGAAUCCGACCUAUCUAAAAAAUGACAAAUCUCCAAGAAGUUCCUACUGAAGAGCUUCUGUCUUUUCAAGACUACCCAACUGUACAUAACAACAGAAAUAACACAACCAUUCCCAUAUCUGAAGCUCAGAUAAACGUUGAAAAUUUGGAUGGUAACUUCAGAAACUCUCCAGGCUCACAAAGACCUACAAGUUCACCCAAUGUAGAAGACACAGAUCCAGUUAGCUCAAAAUCAUUUUGGACCCUUGAGUAUUACCAAAAGUUCUUUGAUGUCGAUACUAGUGAUGUUGUGGAUAGGAUUAUUGCUUCUAUAACUCCUAAAUGGGACAACACCCUGAAGCAUCACUUACGCACCAAGCCAGACUUAUAUGGGCCCUUUUGGAUAUCUGUAACACUUAUUUUCACCAUAGCUAUUAGUGGAAACAUUGCUAACUACUUGCAAAAUGCUAAUGCUAGGUAUCACUGGAAGUAUGAUUUUCAUCUAGUUUCAUAUGCUGCCACAACAAUAUUCCUUUAUGUUAGUUUCAUUCCAUUUAUUUUGUGGGGUCUCUUGAAGUGGACUACCCAGAUUAAUGAUGUUGAGGGAUUAGAAGAGGAAAUUGUUCCAGGGGUUUUGGAAUUGAUCUGUGUUUAUGGAUAUUCUUUGUUCAUUUAUAUUCCAGUUUCUAUUCUGUGGUCAAUCCAAAUCAACAUACUGCAAUGGGUUCUGGUCCUGUUUGGUACUUUUAUAUCUGGCUCAGUUUUACUGCUAACUUUGUUGCCAGCUUUGAGAUUGUCCAGACAUAAGUUUUUGCUGUCUUUGGGGAUUGUGACUUGCCAUUUAUUACUGGCUGCUGGGUUUAUGUUGUAUUUUUUUCAUGUUCCUGGCAGUUCUAGCACUGUUCAGCCCACUUUCAAACCAGUUGUUGCUUCAAACCAAACAACACACUAAUUUUUAAUUUAUUUUGAUUUAUAUUGUACAGUGAAGUUGAAAAUGUUUGGCCUCCUUUACAUUUGCUUCAUGCAAGGCAGAUGUCAACUAGCACUGAUUUUGUAUUGUUGUGUAUAUAAUAGUGGGUAAUAUAUCUCUGUUUUAAACUA